ACUUCAGCUACUGUACUUCUACCUGGAAGAUUUUACGAUGGAUUUUCUCCGUGCUUGUGUUCUGUGCGCUGCGUUUCUUACCUUAACCAAGGCUUUUACGCACCAUGACAUGAAGGACGCUCUGCUUCAAAAACUUGGUCUGGAUGAAGUUCCGAAAAUUCACAAGCGGGAUUUGGAGAACAUGGUUAUCCCGACCCAUAUUAAAAACAAGUACGCUUCCAUGUUGAAGCUGCACCAUAGCAGGCGGCGCAGAUCUCUGCCUAGUUUGGCGGGCAUCCUGAGGGGCAUCCCUGGAAAUGCAGAUAUAUCUGGGGAGUAUCUGUACUCGGACACAACUCGGCAAAGGAUAGCGUUCGAAAUGGACGCGAGAAUUCCAGUUAACAGCGAAGUGACUAUGGCUGAGUUAAAACUGUAUCAGAAAGCUACCCAUCACAAGCGCUCAAUGAACGAGAAGAAAAAUUACCGUCCAGUCAACAACGCCCGGGUCAGCAUUUACUGGGUCGAAAUGCUAGAAAACGGAUCCAACAGAAGCUCGCUGGUGGACUCUCGAUUGAUUUCCAUUCACGAGACUGGCUGGAAAAGCUUUGAUGUGACCCAGGCCGUGCACUAUUGGUCAAUGACGCAGCAGAACACACCUAUGCACAUGGAGGUGUGGGUCGAGGGCGAGAGACCUGGCAGCUACGCGGCAGAAAUGGCCAAGAGUGUCCACUUUACCACCCAGGACCAGACGGCCAACACCCUGGGAAAACCGGAGCUAGUUCUCUACACACUCAACCUCGAAGAGUUUGGAUCUCGAGGUGACUGUGAUUCCAAUCCAAACAAGGAGUCGUGCUGCAGAGAUAAAUACUUCAUUAACUUCCGCGCACUCACCUGGACCCAGUAUUGGAUCAUUGAACCCACGGGUUACCAGGCUUACAAGUGCGCUGGAGGAUGCAAGCAACCCAAACGCAACUAUGGCUAUGGGGAGAGAAAAUGUACUAUUGCAGAAAGCGCACCACUGCCGAUGAUGUAUCUGGUCAAGAAAGGCGACUACACAGAGAUUGAAGUUGCCGAAUUCCCCAACAUGAUCGUCGAGAAAUGCGCAUGUACAAUGGACAAUGUAUCGAUAGUUUGAACUCAGAUUUCCAGAUUUAAAAAUGUAGAUCCUACAAAUGACUUCCAGUACUUUUAUAUAAAAAUAUGUUAUUCUCAGGGAGUUGGACCGAAGAUGCUGUAUUUCAACUCUGUACCCACAAGCACUUUAUAUCAAAUGUUGUAUAGGUUACUUAACUAUUGAGUUUACGGUUUUACGAUCCUUUUUGUAUUUAG